UAUAUUGAUAGUCUAUAAUUUCUACGCUAUACCCUAGUUUUUACUCUAAUUCUAUUCUAUUCUAUACGUGGCAGAGUAUUAGAAUUUGGAACACUGUUUUUAGUCGCCAUUUCAACAGUUAAUAAUAAUUUAGUUAGAGUAUUUAUAAAUUUUAAGACUUUUAUCUGUAUGAAAGUUAUUCAUUACUAAUUUAAAGCUUAUUGAAACUUGUGUAAAUACAUAUACCUCUCUGUUUUCAAUUAUCUCGUUAUAUACAUGUAUAUAUAUAUGUAUUUACAUAUAUAUACGUUUAUAUAUACAUUCACAUACAUAUACCUACACAUUUAAUCUGGAAGUUCAACGAAUUUGUGUUGUGUUUGAUUAAUCAACAACAGGUUAUAACAUUUGAAAGGUAUUUUAGUUAAUUAUUUCAUCAUGGGAAAUAUGUUUGCUACAUUAUUUAAGGGCCUUUUUGGCAAGAAAGAGAUGAGAAUUUUAAUGGUUGGACUUGACGCUGCUGGUAAAACUACAAUAUUGUACAAACUGAAAUUAGGAGAAAUUGUUACAACCAUUCCCACAAUAGGUUUCAAUGUGGAAACUGUUGAAUAUAAGAACAUAAGUUUUACAGUUUGGGAUGUUGGUGGUCAGGAUAAAAUAAGACCUUUAUGGCGACAUUAUUUUCAAAACACACAAGGUUUAAUUUUCGUUGUUGACAGUAAUGAUAGAGAACGUAUAGGUGAAGCUAGAGAAGAAUUGAUGAGAAUGCUUGCAGAAGACGAAUUGAGGGAUGCCGUCUUGCUUAUUUUCGCUAAUAAACAGGAUUUACCAAACGCCAUGAAUGCAGCAGAAAUUACCGAUAAAUUAGGUCUACACUCGUUACGUAAUCGUAAUUGGUACAUUCAAGCAACAUGUGCAACUAGUGGUGAUGGUCUUUAUGAAGGACUAGAUUGGCUUUCUAAUCAGUUGAAAAAUGCCAACCGUUAACUUGUAUUCUUGAUUAGAAAAAGUCUGAUCCAUGUAUUAACAAUCCAAAUCGUUGAUAUAAAAAGAACUUUUACAUCUAUUCUAAAAUUUUGAUAUUAGCAAAAUAAAAAAACUUCAAUUACAACGGAUAAAAUAAAAAUUUAUAUAAAUUUUCAAA